UGCUACUAGUUAUUUUCGUUCACAUAAGUCACCUCGUAAACUACAGUUGAAAGAAGUACAUCAAACUGAUGAAGCUGCAAAACUUAAAGUAUUUAAUUCAGAAGGAAUAACUUUAGCUGAAACUACAGAAACAAACAAAAAACAAGAAAAAAUAAUUCAUAAUGAACCACCUCAGGUACCACCAAGGCGAAUUCAAAAACAACCAGUUACUCCGAUAAUUAGACAACCUCCUACCAGACCGCCACCACCUCCACCACCUUCUGUUCCCUCUUCUCCUCAAUCAGAAUUGGAUGAUCAACAAAACUGUGAAGAAUCCGUAAAUAAUUUAUCAUUACAAAAUGGAAAUGUUCACUACACACGAUGUGCAAGUCCAGAUUUACCUCUUCCACCUCCACCAUCAACAGAUACUGAACUAUGUGUACCAGACGAACCACUACCUCCACCACCUGAUUUAAAUGAUGUUGAAAUAUUAGGACGUUCACUAGGACAAAAUAGUUUAGUUUAUCCAAAGAAUUCCUACAUGUCGUAUCGCAGUGAGAAAAAAAUUGGCAGACUAGGAUUUGAUGGUAAUUAUCGUCGUAUUUCUCCAACACCUUCUUUUUCUCAAGAGUCAAAUCAGCCUUUUCAAAAGGAUGAUUCAAAUUCAACAAUGUCCCCUGCUUCUUGGGAACAAUUACAUAAUAUUCGUCAACAUGGACCUACAGUCAUUUUCCAUUCUGAUUCAAUGCGUGAACAAUCUCAUUCACAGAGAAGAAAAAAUUCUACUACUAGUAUAGAAUCUCAAAAUAAUUCUGCUUCUAAUGUUCAAAAUACAAAUGAAGAAAAUUCUUUAACUGUUAGUGCCAAUAAUUCUGAUGUCAAUGAACAAGUGAGUGAUUCAGGUGAGAUUAAACAGGAUAUACUUAGUAAAACAAAAAAUAAUGGACCAAAUUGUAAAAUUGAAAAAAUUGAAUCUAAGAUUUCAAACAGUGAUUUGCCAGAUAAAUCAAAAGAAAAUUCUCAAUCUGAACAUCAAAAACAUUUGGUAGAAAAGCAAGUUAAGUUAGCUAGCAAUGAAAAUAGGGAUGAAAAGACUGAUUGUAACUUAGAUUCUAAUUCAAAUACAUUGGCAUCUCAAAGUGAAAAAAUUGAUUCAGAAAUUAAAACUAAUAUUCAGAAAAAUGAUGAAUCUACAUAUACUGUUCAAGUUCCUGUUUCUGUUGUGCCUCGUAUUAAUAGUGCUACGCAAACUACAGACACACCUAGUCUGAAACGUAAAGCAAAAACUAGAGAAGAACUGGAAUGUGAAAAGCUCUCUCUUGAUUUCAUUGAUCAUUGUCAUGACAGAGUUCUAAAGAACUUACUAGGUAAGUUAUUCAUCAAACAUUCUGAACUGAUUAUAUAUCAAGUUUUCUAA